CAUAUCGUUUUCCUCAUUAAUAGAAAUCCUUCUAACAUUCUAAGUAUGAUAUUUUGUAAAUUUGUAGAUAAUUAGAUAUGGAUACGGGUGGGAAUGAGUUAUCCAGAUUCGAUAGUAGGAAGGUUGAUGCAUCAACACGAAUGAAGGUGGCAAAGAAGAAUAUGGAGAAGAAGCCCGCUCGUCGGAUUGCACAUCAUUCAGAGCCAGAUGUAGGGGAGGAAGAGUUAGAGGAUCUUACAAUGAAGAGAUCCCCUGGGCGUUGCAUCGAGGAUGGUUUCAGCGGAGUUUGAUGAUUGGUACGAGAUAGAUGAGGAUCCCCAGCUCCCUCCAGCCAGGCGUGGACUUGGAUGAGGGUCGUCUUGUACGACAACAUCACUUCCGGCUACAUCUCGCGUCUCAGCAGCGGGUGCAUCCCCGCCGAUCACCCACCCUUCCUCCACAAUCGACCAUUCUUCAACCAUCACUCCUUGAAGCAUCAACCCAACAUCAAAAUUCUUCUUCUGUCGCUUCUCCGACUUCCACCGGUGCUAGUGAUUUUUGUGGUUUCCUUCUCCGUAUCCCAAUCAAAGCAACCCUUGUCUUUCCCUGCCUUGAAGCAUGAACCCUCUACAAAAUGGCGACGAUGGAGGUGGUAUGAGCUUAGACUCCAAAUCAAUUUCCCUCUACAAAAAAAGAACUGGGAACGAGUGGGAAGUGGGAACUCUUCAGAUCAAUUUCCAAUUUAAUCACUAAAACUCCAAAUCCCUAAUUGGAGAUAGAGCGGAGAUCAUCAUGAGGCGGAAGACCGCUUCAAUUCCCACAAAAGCUCGAGGAGGGAAAUCCGAGAGAGGCAGUGCGUCUUGACCGAUGCGGUGGCUCAUAUCUUGCGGAUGCAUUGGUUGCUCUUCAUUCUUCUGGGGCUGGUUCUCGCCGAUGAAGAUUGGGGAGAGGAUGAUGAUGUGUCCGUAGCCAUAGGAAUGUUGUUUUUUUUGUUGUUGUUUCUUCUGUGCUGUGGAGUUGAGUUGAGUUGGCGUAUAAUUGGGGCCAAGGUAGUGGAGAGAACUAGCACAGGUGGUGGUGGUGGGGAAUGGAUCGACGGGGGUGGUGGCAAUUAAAUCGUUGGCGGCGGAGGAGGGGGCAAGAAGAACUCGUGAUGGGUGAAGAAGAUGGCUUUUAACUUUUUAUUUUUUUCAUUAAUUUUGUUUUACAAAAUGAUGUGGCAUUAAUGCCAUGUUGCUACAACGUUGGCUCGCAAUCUGACGUCGUUUUCUAAACCGUCAGGUCAACCGUUAUAUCUAACAGUCAACAAAACUGGCAUGAUACAAAUGGCACAAAGUAUCAUAGUUCAAUAUAUCAUGGAAUAUUAGAAACAUUAAGACACAAGUGACACUUUUUCGAUAGUUCGGGUGUUGUAGUGGUAUUUGCCCUUUAUUUUUUUCCAAUAAAGCAAAAUAAAUUUAGACUCCCCGAACUUCAAAUUCUGGCUCUGCCUUUUUGAACACACCUUCCCACGUUAAGCUUUUGUUGGCAGCAUGCGCACGGGAGUGAUUCCCAUCAACAAGUUUUAUUUUUCUUCUUCUUGAGGAUUGCAAGUUUUGAUGCCCGAUGGGCGGAUAACCCUGAAGUGAGGGCUAUGGUCCAGUAUGUCUGACAGGAGGAGAUCCAGGGUCCCCCUAUGUUUCGACUUUGGGAGCGCCUAAAGAAACUCUGUCACCUGCUUUAUGAUUGGAGCAGGGCGGGUACAACCAAUUCUCUGCGCAAUAUUAAGACACUCCAGGCUGAGGUUGAUAGGAUAAAUUCGAUCCAUCCGGUGGAUUGGGAUGAGGUCAGGGUCCUGGAAACGAAGCUCUCCCGCCAAUGGGAAGCUGAGGAAGUUUUCUGGCAGCAGAAAUCAAGGGUUAAAUGGUUAAAAAAAGGAGACCAGAAUUCGGCCUAUUUUUAUACGGUCACGAGGGCUCAGCGGAAGAGGAACUUUGUUACCGGACUUCGAAAUGAGGAGGGUGAAUGGGUAACUGAGAAAUCCGGGAAGGCUACUAUUGCCACCAAUUUUUACCAGACCCUGUUCACUUCGGAAUCUCAGGUUCCUAAUAUGGCUGAGAGGGUGUCGAAUCUGCCGAUUGCCCAUAGCAUUACUCCGCAAAUGAAUGCGCAUUUGACGGCGGAGGUUUUACCGAGGGAGGUUCGGAAUACGGUUUUCUCAAUGGGAUCGAAGCAGGCUCCAGGGUCGGAUGGUUUCACUGGAAAGUUUUUUAAAGCUUUCUGGGAUAUUGUGGGCACUUCGGUGGUUGACGCAGUAAUCUCCUUCUUCACUUCGAGUCGGAUGCUGCGGAGUUUUAACCAUACCUGGCUCUCUUUGAUCCCUAAAGUGGACUCGGUGGAAACAAUUAGGCAAUUGCGUCUGAUUAGUCUCUGUCAGUUUGUUUACAAGGUGAUUACCAAAAUCAUGGCCGAGCGGUUGGCUAGCUUGCUCCCUCAUAUUGUUUCGGAGGGGCAAAAUGGGUUUAUCAGAGACCGGCAGAUUAUUGAUAACAUCCUUAUAUGACAUUAGUUAAUGCACUAUCUGAAGAUCAAAAAGCAAGGAAAGAAAGAGUACAUGGCUCUGAAGGUUUACAUGGAAAAGGCCUAUGAUAGAGUCGAAUGGCCCUUCCUGCUUGCAGUAUUGGAUAAGAUGGGCUUUAAUCUAGUCUGGAAGGGAUGGAUUCACGAAUGACUUCGCUCCUCCUCUUUUUCGGUGCUGAUGAAUGGUACGCCCUCUGGUUAUUUUACUGCCUCUAGGGGCCUUCUCCAGGGGGACCCGCUCUCUCCUCUCUUAUUUGUGCUCUGCACAGAGGGUUUUGCGGCCCUUCUUCGAAAGGAGAUCACGGAGAAAAAAUUAGAGGGGGUGAAAGUAGCUACCCGGGCCCCACGAGUCUCGCACCUGUUCUUCGCUGAUGAUUCUUACUUAUUCUUGCGAGGGUCUCUUCAAGAGUGUGAGAAUUUAAUUGAGGUGCUGAAUGAGUAUGAGGAAUUGAGUGGCCAACGAGUUAAUUUAGCGAAAUCGGCGGUGUGUUUUACCAAGAAUAUUUCCACGCCUGAUCAGGAUUUCUUGGCCACUAUCCUGGGGGUUGGUGCUGUGGGGGUCCAUGACAAAUAUCUGGGGCUUCCCUCGCUGGUCGCUUGAUCCAAAAUGGAUACGUUCAGAUAUUUGGAGGAUAAACUUUUAGACAGACUGCAGGGCUGGAAACAAAGGACAUUAUCGUGGGCUGCGAAGGAAACUUUGAUAAAAUCCAUAGCGUUGGCCCUGCCCCUACAUGUUAUGUCUUGUUUUCGUCUUCCCCUAACUCUUUGUCGGCUUCUUGAUAGACAUGUGGCCCGUUUUUGGUGGGGUGCUGAGGAGAGCAGCCAUAAGAUUAGAUGGGUGUCCUGGCGAAACAUGUGCAGGAGUAAGCACGAGGGAGGGAUGGGAUUUCGCCCGUUUGAACACUUCAAUCAAGCUCUUCUGGCUAAGAUAGGUUGGUGUAUCCUUAAUGAACCUCAAUCGCUUCU